GUGCCAUGAGCGACGAGCACAGCCAUGGGCUGAUGAACGAAGUCUUGGUGGCAUUGCUUGGAUACACCGGAGGACUGGUCGUCGAGACCGAGGACAGCUUUCGUGUGGCGCCGGAGAACUUUCUGGCAGAAGGUGAGAAGCAGAUGCUGGAAAAGAUCCUCAAGGUGGGUUACUUGGCCAAGAAGCUGCAUGACUUCUCCUCCAGCCUGCGCCGGGAGCACCUAGCAGGCGGCGACACGCCGGGACACUAUGCCUACGCCAUGGCGUUGAGGGUGGAGGAUGUCUUGGAGAAGUUCCGACUCAAAGUCGUGGAACUGGAAGAAGAAAUUGCAGAGAAUCCCAAGCUCCAAUUGGUGGACAUGUUGGCCAAGUUUCAAGAAGACAGCUUCGUUCUGAGCGCCCUUCACCAGAUGAUGAUGCAGGUCAGCAGUCGUGAGCUGCGUGGUGCAGCCCUACUGGAUGCCAUGUGGCAGACCAUGUCCAGAGCAGGUGGUUCCACCCUGCAGCACUGCCUGGCCUGGCAGUUGGAGGGACCUGGACGAGUCUUUGUGAAUCAACUCACUGCGUGGAUGGUCUACGGGCGGCUGAUUGAUCCGGAGAACGAAUUCUUCAUCCAGCGCUGCGAUGGUCAAAGCCUUCAAACGGAGGGGAGCCAUGGAGAGGAUUUGUCACAGCCGAUGGGUCCCAGCGAAGCUCAAAGAGAAUGGCACCGGCUCUUCAUGCUACGCCGCGAGGCUGUGCCCAAGCUGCUGUCCUUGGACACAGCGCGGCAGGUACUCUUCACCGGUAAGGCCGUGCGGGUGCUGCUUCGCCGUGGAUUUGCACCGCCGCCGCCUGAGAGAGUGCAGGAUGAAGUGGACACAUUGAGGUCCUGUUUCUCCAUGAAGCGUCCCAGCUACGUGCUGCACCGCUCCAUUCUUGCGUUGCGCAACGCCGUGGCAGGACGCCUGCAGGACUUGUUGAGAGAGGCACAACUGAGAGAACACUUGGAAAUCCUGAAAGGUUUCUACCUGCUGGGCUAUGGCGCUUUCUACCAGACCUUGUUGGACCUUCCGCAGCACGCGCUACCGCAGCGUGGCGCGGGACCUCGUGGCACUUCUUCGCUUCCCUCGAUGCUGAGAGACUCCUGGGAGAAGGCCUUGACUGAACACAUGGAGAGCUCCAGCAAAGGUGUCUUGGAUCCCAACGCCUUGCGUUUGCAGCUGGUGCCCCGCGCCCUGGAUCUGCACUCCUUUGAUGCGCGAAAAGUAAAGGUCAUGGCCGGCGCACGAGUUGACAAAGGCAUGAUCCUCCUACCUGCUCACAGCAUGGCUUGGUUGCAGAACAAAGUCAGGAUUUCCGGAAGCUUCCAACACGCCUUUAGCUUCCAACUGCGCCCCGCGGACCCCACGACCACGUCGUCAGCCUCACGGCCUGGGGAGUAUGGCGCACGGCUGGCGUUGUGCUUCCAGCCACGGUGGUCGCCGCAGGACCUGCAAAAACGGCGACAUUUGGAGCGUGGAGCGGAGGAAAUCCCGGAGCCAUUGGAGAUCUGGAAGUGUUUGGGAGAAUCCUUGACCCUGGAACUUCAGUAUUGCGUUUUGCGUUCGCUGCCCCAGCGAGAGCGGAUGGCUGAGGUGACCCUACAGCUAUUCUCAGCCGGAGCCAGUGGGGUGUCAUCGGAACUGUGCGCCUGCAACUUCCAGGUGCCAGAUGUAGAUCAGAUGAUUCAUAUGGUGAGACUCUGGUACGAUUCUGAGAAGAUGGAGCUGCAGGUCUUCUUCGGCGCGGAUGCGGUAGCCCCCAGCGCCAAAGCCUGCGUGGACUUGGGAGAUAUGGCACAUUUGGAGAUGGGAUGUUCCUAUGUGGGGUUUUCAUCCUUGCCCUUGGAGCAUGGAAGAGAGCGAGAGGCAUUGAGAAUUGUGACCUGGCGACACCAGUGCCGAGACAGGCUUGACUUUGACGACACCAGCGACCGAAACUUUGAGGAUCUCACACUCACUUACCAAGUACCUUGGCCCUUGCCGCUGAUUGUGACCCAAAGCUGCCUCGAGAGGUACAACCGGCUCUUUCAGCACCUGCUGACCUACCGCCACGCCACGAUGCGUCUGCAGCAUCUCCAGCCGGACGCGGACGACGAGGAGCGAGGGCGCUUGGCUGCGGCAUUGAAGGCGCAGCUGUGCUUCUUUUGGACGCAGGUCUUGCAGUUCUUCUUGCAGGAUGUCGUGGAGGCAUCGCAUCAGAAACUCCUCGAGGUGGUCACUUCAUCCUCCAGCUUUGAUGAAGUGGUGGCAGCACAUGAAGAGUUUCUGUCCAAUGUCACUACGCAUUUCUUCCUGGAGCACCGGGAGCUCCGAAAGGAGUUGACCGCCGCGCUGCGCAUCGCCGAGGUCUUCCGCAGGGCGGUGGAAACGGCCGCGCUGAGCGGCAAGGAGAUGAGGCGUUUACAACACGACUUCGCCGAGACGGUGCGAUCCUUCAGUGGGAUCAUGCUGAGCAUCAAUCGAACCGGCAACGUCAAGAUGCCUCUCCUGGUCCAACUUUCCGGGCGCUUGGAUUUCAACAACUAUUUCUCCGGUGAGACGGACACCAAACGAGCACAGAGCUGGUGGCAGAAGUAUGGAUCUGCUGAUGGAUGACCAUGGACAGCAUCAUCUUCCAGUUCUGGCAAGUUCCACGGCAAAGCUUCCGCAUGUCGCAGGCUUUGGAGUCAUCACCUCGGUGUUCGGGAUGGCACUGCAGUUGGUUUGGCGCCCUGGCGAAGGGGGACUGGGUGAGAUGAAGUGGGCUUCCUCUUUGGAGCAGCUGGCUUGCCCAAGCAGCGCCUGGUGGCAACAAGACAUUGACCAAUAGUGACGGUCGAGCAGGUUGUAGAGUGCCAUGUUGCAACUGCAGCUGCCGCAGCUGCGUCACCAGUGAAAAA